ACCUGAGCGGCAUUUCCACAGUAAUGUGGCCGCUCCGACAGGGAAGCUGUCAUGUUUUCCGCCGCAGACCUGUGCUCUGCGUCUUCAACAGUCAAACAUCUCCAUCCGCCUCCCUCUGAAGGCUCCUUAGACCGCAUCACUAUGCUCAUUCCCUGUCUGCAUCCGCGUGGGUUGGCCCAAACUUCUCUCCAAAAUGCACCUGUAUAGGUGAGAUCACUCAACCGGAGUGCAAAGUACACUUUUUUAAAUUAUUUUUUUUUUUUUGUUAAUCAUCUGUCUGAGAGGCCGUCUUUCCCUCCGAGAGUCCACAUCUGCCUGACAGUUAGUUAGCCCUCCGAUGCAAUUAACCCAAGAAGUCGACUUCGCUAAAGGGGACAAAACGCCGACCAGCUCCGCUCCGCAGCCCGACGGAGGCGCCGGAUCUCCGGCCAAAAUGUGCAGCGAAUGCUACGUCAAUCAGACAUUCGUGAACGAUGAUGGCACCGUGAGCGAGCACAAGCCCCGCUCUCUCCCAGCUCCACUCCAGACCACCACCACCACCACCAGCAGCAGCAGUGGAGUCAUCUUGGACAUUUCUGCUCUGAAGAUGGAGCAGCUGGAGAGUGAGGUGCCUCCGCUGCCACUCCACCUCCGCUUCAGAGACCUGCUGCUCGGGGACCAGAACUUCCCAAACGACGACCGAGUGCAGGUGGAGUUUUAUGUGAACGAAAACACCUUCAAAGAGCGUCUGAAGCUUUUCUUCAUCAAAAACCAAAGAUCAAGCCUUAGGAUUCGCGUGUUCAACUUUUGCUUGAAGCUGCUCACCUGCCUGCUGUAUAUCAUCCGAGUGAUGACAGACAACCCCGGUCAGGGGACCAGCAGCAGCCACAUCGCAGUGCAACAAAACUCAGCAAAUGGCAACAAUAAAUGCGUCGACUGCCAGUGGAACGGAUCGGUGCAGGACAGAGAAAUUAACUGGGAGUUGAUCUUCUGGGUGGACAGGAAGCUUCCUGUUUGGGCCAUUCAAGUAAUUGUGGCCAUCAUUAGCUUCCUGGAGACUAUGUUACUAAUGUAUCUGAGCUACAAGGGGAACAUUUGGGAGCAGAUUUUUCAGGUGUCUUUUCUUCUUGAGAUGAUCAACACCGUUCCCUUCAUCAUCACGAUCUUCUGGCCUUCAAUUAGAAACAUCUUCAUUCCCGUGUUUCUCAACUGCUGGCUCGCUAAAUGUGCUUUGGAAAACAUGAUUAAUGAUGUCCACAGAGCAAUCCAGAGAACCAACUCCGCCAUGUUCAACCAGGUCCUGAUCCUCAUCUGCACCCUGCUCUGCCUCGUCUUCACCGGCACAUGUGGGAUUCAGCACCUGGAGAGGGCAGGCAAAAACCUCUCCCUCUUCAACUCCUUCUACUUCUGCAUCGUCACCUUCUCCACUGUGGGGUUUGGAGACGUCACUCCACGCAUUUGGCCGUCUCAGCUGCUGGUGGUCAUAAUGAUCUGUGUGGCUCUGGUGGUUCUACCACUGCAGUUUGAGGAGUUGAUUUACUUGUGGAUGGAGAGGCAGAAGUCUGGAGGGAACUAUAGUCGCCACAGAGCUCAAACAGAAAAACACGUCGUGUUGUGUGUCAGCUCACUCAAAAUAGACCUGCUGAUGGACUUUCUCAAUGAGUUCUAUGCUCAUCCCAGACUACAGGAUUACUAUGUGGUGAUCCUGUGCCCAAGUGAGAUGGACGUGCAAGUGCGAAGGGUGCUGCAGAUUCCCCUGUGGUCUCAGAGGGUCAUCUAUCUGCAGGGAUCGGUCCUCAAAGACCAGGAUCUGAUGAGAGCCAAGAUGGACGACGCAGAGGCUUGUUUCAUUCUGAGCAGCCGGAACGAGGUGGACCGCAUGGCUGCGGACCAUCAGACCAUUUUGAGAGCUUGGGCAGUGAAGGACUUUGCACCAAACUGCCCUCUUUAUGUGCAAAUACUCAAACCUGAGAAUAAGUUCCAUGUUAAAUUUGCAGAUCAUGUUGUGUGUGAGGAGGAGUUCAAAUAUGCCAUGCUGGCUCUUAAUUGUGUGUGCCCUGCUACUUCCACCCUGGUGACGCUCCUCGUGCACACUUCCCGUGGACGAGAAGGACAACAGUCUCCAGAACACUGGCAGAGGAUGUAUGGAUGUUGCUCUGGCAACGAGGUCUACCACAUUCGCCUGUGCGACAGCAAGUUCUUCGGAGAGUAUAAUGGAAAAAGCUUUACAUACGCCUCCUUCCAUGCUCACAAAAAGUACGGUGUUUGCCUUAUCGGAAUAAAGAGGGAGGAGAACAAAAGCAUUCUGCUUAAUCCUGGACCGCAUCACAUCAUGGCAUCCACAGACACCUGUUACUACAUCAACAUCACCAAGGAGGAGAACUCCGCCUUCAUCUUUAACCAGGAGGAGAGGAAGGGACGCCCCGCUGGGGGAAUCUACGAUGGGCCCUCACAGCUGCCUGUGCACAGCAUCAUUGCCAGCAUGGGUACGGUUGCAAUAGAUCUCCAGAACACAAGUCCACCAAACAUCUCGGGGGGUAAAUUGGUCCCGCCUACUGUGAAUGGAACAGGCAUUCGUCGUCCGAGUAUUGCCCCAGUCCAGGAAAUUGCUGAUGCCAACUCUAUCCUUGCAUGUGAUCUUCUGGGUGACCAAUCAGAAGACGAUUCUGUCUUCACAGAUGAAAAAGGUCGUUCGCCCACAGAGUAUGUUAAAGGUUAUCCUCUGAACUCGCCAUAUAUCGGGAGCUCGCCCACUUUGUGCCAUCUGUUGGCUGAAAAAGCCCCGUUUUGCUGCCUACGACUGGAUCAGGGGUGCAGGCACAACAGUUUUGUGGAUGCCAAAGCGUACGGAUUUAAGAACAAACUCAUCAUUGUGUCAGCCGAGACCGCGGGGAACGGUCUCUAUAACUUCAUCGUGCCUCUCAGAGCUUAUUACAGACCCAGGAGAGAGCUCAACCCCAUUGUGUUGCUGCUGGAUAACCCGCCGGAUAAUCAUUUCCUGGAAGCCAUUUGUUGUUUUCCGAUGGUGUACUACAUGGCCGGGACCAUUGACAAUCUGGACAGCCUGCUGCAGUGUGGAAUCAUCUACGCUGAUAACUUGGUUGUCGUGGAUAAAGAGAGCACGAUGAGUGCAGAGGAAGACUACAUGGCCGAUGCCAAAACUAUUGUGAACGUACAAACUAUGUUCAGGUUGUUCCCCAGUCUCAGCAUCAUCACUGAGCUCACUCAUCCCUCCAACAUGAGGUUCAUGCAGUUCAGAGCUAAAGACUGCUAUUCCCUGGCUCUCUCCAAGCUGGAGAAGAAAGAACGUGACAAAGGCUCCAAUCUGGCCUUCAUGUUUCGUCUGCCAUUCGCUGCUGGCAGAGUUUUCAGCAUCAGCAUGCUCGACACCCUCCUCUAUCAGUCUUUUGUCAAAGACUACAUGAUACUCAUUACAAGGCUGCUGCUGGGACUGGACACCACGCCGGGAUCGGGGUUCCUCUGUGCUAUGAAAAUAACCGAGGGAGAUUUGUGGAUCAGCACGUAUGGGAGAUUGUUCCAGAAGCUCUGCUCCAGUAGUGCUGAAAUUCCCAUCGGGAUCUACCGCACGGAGUCGCACAUUUUUUCUACCUCUGAGUCACAAGUGUCUGUCAGUGUAGAUGACUGCGAGGACACGAAAGACAGAGCGGACGACUCCCGCAGCAAUGUCCAGUCAGACCCUCCCCUGCGGAGGAAGAAGAGCAUGCAGUGGGCACGGCGUCUGAGCAAGAAAAGCGUGAGGUGGCAGGGGGGCAGCCGGGACUUGAACAAAGAUCAAGCCCAGCGCAUCGCUCAGCAGCGCCUCAACCUCUACAGACGCUCAGAGAGGGAGGAGCUGUCUGAGCUGGUCCGCAACCGGAUGAGGCAUCUCGGCCUCCCCACCUCUGGAUAUGCAGAAGACCUGUCAAAUCUGACCGCCAGUGAUGUGAUGAACAGAGUUAACCUGGGGUACCUACAAGAUGAGCAGAAUGACCAGCAGAACACUCUGUCUUAUGUGCUCAUUAACCCGUCUCCUGACACCAGGCUGGAGCUUAACGAUGUUGUGUAUCUGAUCCGCUCCGACCCUCUGGCUCACGUUCCAGAGGAGCCGCCCAUCCACAGCAGCAGCCUGAAGGAGAGACGUGAGUCCAGCAUCGACGUCAGAGAGGACACCCAGCUCUGAAACCAAACUUUUUUUAAUGCACCCCUCCUACACAGAGCGUCUGGAAAAAGACAAAGAUGUCUGUAAAUGUUUGAGUGCCUACUGCUAUCCGGACACACUAGAUGCCAUCUGUGUCGUCCUUUUGCCACAAACGCCGUUCAGCAGAAUACUGCAUGGGGUCAUUCUCUGCUCUCAUGGAUGAGCAGUUUUCCUGCUAGAAAACUGAAUUUGUCAGGGCUUUUGUGAUUAUUUAUUUAUUUUUCCUGCUUACCGGUACACCUAAAAACAUCUCCAAACCUCUCUAGGAGGAUUGGAAAUUUCAGGUGUAAGCAGAUGAGCAGUUUUCUGCAGCAUUCGACUCAGAUGACACACUAAAUAUUUGGUACACUUUUUGUAGCUAAAUCAGCAAAGUGGUUUUUCAGUGGUUUGAGGUCUAAUUUAGUAGGUGAAGUGUGAACUUACCAUUGUGUUGCUAUCAGAGAAGCACUCUCCAGCCUUUAUAGCAGGCUGUGUUUAACUGUAUGAGGCAUUUAUCUUGUUUUCCACCAUAUUUAUAACGUCACUCUCUGCAGUCCUCAGUGGCAGUUCUGCUUAAAUCCACAGCUGUGGUUGUUUUUGGAGAAAUCGAUAUCGAGUUUUUCAUUUGACUCUUUGUACAAAUGUUAGUGCUGACUAUAUUUGCACUUGAGUCCGGGUUUUACGUGCACAUUAAAGUGCUGUUUAAUGUA